CCGCCCGGAUCGCUUCUGAGCGAAGCGAAAAUUUGGUCAUGACGAUUACCCCGCGACACCCUCAAACCCUCAACUCAGGAAUCACGACAGGAUCUGGCUGUGUCCUCUUCUCCGACUGAUUUCUCCCUCCAACGCGCGCCAUCAGACGAUUCCUCGUGUCGACGCUCACCACCCAUGAGGACGGUAUAACCGCCUAAACACAGCAUGGCUCCUCCCACCGACCCGUCCGCACCGGCAGACACCUCUGGCGCCUCGCCCUUGCCCGCCGACUCCUCGAAUCCCGUCUCCGCGGCCCCAAUCAGCGAGAGACUGUCCUCUGUGCGCUCUAUUUCCGAUCCUCCGCGCCAUCAAUCGACUAUGUCGUCCUCGUCAAACCUAAUCGGCGUGUUGAACAAUGCCAGGAGACCUGCGGUGCGCUCGUCGAUACCGGCGAGCUCGGUGGCUUCGGGCGGCUUGCCGCAGGAUAUGCAGGCGAAGAUGAGGGCUUUCCAUUUGUCGCGCCAGGGUACGCCGCCUGGUGGACGACCGUCGGCUUCACCGGCCGACGAGAAUGGCGGUAACAUGGCAGGAGGUCUGCGGUUACCAAUGGGUAAUAGGCCACAACUACCGCAGGGGCUUGUCUCGGCGCCUGCUGUUCCACGACAGGGCGGCAAACCGUCGCUGAGCGAGCGCAGAAACAUGCCGAAGUUAGGUGGAUUACCAGGAAGUCCUGCGGCUCCCGCAGCGAGCCCUUCUUUGAGCCUGAACGGCAGCGCAAACCCGGCGGCGAAUAACACUGAUAGGGGGUCGAUGUUCAACAAGUUCUCCAACUAUGUGGAUACGGAGAAGGGAACGCUUCGCUUUGCGGGGAAGGCUGUUAUCCAUGGUCAGGGCAUUGAUUUCUCGAGCGGUAAUAAUUUCAGUAUAUCCCUGGAUGAGGUAGAUACGCUCGAGGAGCUGGGAAAGGGCAACUACGGCACAGUCUACAAGGUGCGCCACGCGCGGCCACGGCAGCAAAGGCUUGGACUGGGUCUUCAGGUUCGCUCCUUGGCACCCAAUGCCUCGAUAGGGGACAAUGGCGAUUCCAGCGACACGCCUCUGGCCAAGAAUUCCACGGGUGUCAUCAUGGCAAUGAAAGAAAUCCGUCUCGAGCUCGACGAAGCCAAAUUCGCCGCCAUCAUCAUGGAACUCGACAUCCUCCACCGCUGCGUCUCUCCCUACAUCAUCGAUUUCUACGGCGCCUUCUUCCAAGAGGGCGCGGUGUACAUCUGCAUCGAGUUCAUGGACGGCGGGUCCAUCGACAAAAUUUACGGCGACGGAGUCCCGGAGAACGUGUUACGGAAAAUCACCCACGCCACCACCAAGGGGCUGAAGGAGCUGAAGGACGUCCACAACAUCAUCCAUCGUGACGUCAAGCCGACGAAUAUUCUCGUCAACACGCGUGGCCAGGUGAAGAUCUGCGAUUUCGGCGUCUCGGGGAACCUGGUCGCUAGUAUCGCCAAGACGAAUAUCGGAUGCCAGUCGUACAUGGCGCCGGAAAGGAUAUCGGGGGGUGAAGUCACGCAGGCGGGCGCGAAUCCGAGUAGUGGGACGUAUUCGGUGCAGUCGGAUGUUUGGUCGCUGGGCUUGACUAUCAUUGAGUGCGCUAUGGGACGGUACCCGUACCCGCCUGAGACGUAUAACAACAUCUUUAGCCAGUUAUCCGCAAUCGUCGACGGCGACCCCCCCGACCUCCCCGCAGAAGGCUACUCCGACAUAACGCGCGACUUCGUGCACGGCUGCCUCCACAAAAUCCCCAAGCUGCGCCCUACAUACUCCAUGCUCCUCCAACACCCCUGGCUCGCCGGCCUCUCCAAACCGGACGUCAUUAGCGAGGAAGACGGCGUCACCAACGGUCCCGCCGCUUCUACAAACGGCACCACCAGCAAAUCCUCCUCCUCCGGCGACUCCGCAGACCCAGCCUACGAUGAUGAGGUCGCGCAGUGGGUGAGAUCGGCGCUUGAGAGAAAAGCGUCGGGGCUGAUGGGGUCGAGUGCUAAACCAGCCUUACAUGCCGCACCGCUGGACAGUGUGAGCCCGCCUUCUGUGUAGAUACGCUGAUGCUGGGGCUGGGCCCAAAGAUUAUACUGUUUUAGCUCAUUGUUUACAUUUGUCCUCCCCUCCCUUCCCUUUCCGUUUCUUGGCUACAAAGAAAACUGGAAUUCGGAAGAAGAGGUUUUGGAGACGGAAAACCGCCCCCGAAACCUACCCCACUGACACUGCAAGCUGGCAAGCUAGAAAACACAGUCUUUGAGCAGCACCAUGGUCCGGUGUCCUGCACCCACUACACCCCGGAAAUCCUCCACCAGGCCAAGACAUAAACAACAGCGUCGCUCAAGCCUCUGGCUCUGGUUGUCAUAGCCGCAUUGUCAGGUAUAGAUAGGAACAGACACGAUCCGCUGGAUGAUGGGAGGGUGAUGAUAUCUCCUUAUUUCGCGGCCGGAUUGCCGGGUGCAUGCUUGUCCCAUUCACGCGGCUGCCCGCUGGGGUUCUUUGUUCGUGGAUAUGCACAGCUAGGGUGGGAGUGGGUGUUCAACUGCUGAUGGGAAGAAGGAGGGGAGGAUGAACUAUCACCUGGGUGUGAGGGACGUCAUGGAAGGGGGUUAUUGUUUCCCUGCGGAUGUAGAAUUUUUUGUGUAUAAUGUGGAGGGUGAGGAAAUAGGCAGAUGAGGAAAUAUGUGGUUGGAUUUAUGGUGUGUGCCUUUGUGCAUUGCUGAUGUGAUUUUCUUGUGGUGAGUUGUGAGGUAUGUGUAAGUGGUGAUGGGUGAUGGGUGAUGAAGGGAGUUUUGGUAGGUUUUU